GCGGUUAGAGAAGUAGACAAAUGGGAGGGCUGGAAUAAUCUGGUGAUAGGAUGGAGAGAGGGAGUAUAAAAGUUCAGCUUUGAAGGUGGGGGGAAAUCAGGCAAGAAGAAGUUGGUUUAAUCAGACAAUAUAUUUUACUACAGUGUUUGUGUAACUCCAUCUUGUGUUGCUCCAUCUCCUCAGAUCAUGGCUGACUUUGACAUGGUGCUCAAGUAUUGGGGUCCAGUCGAGGCAGACUACACUGGCAAUGGUGGCCUGGUUUUGACCCGUUUAUUCACCGAGCACCCAGACACUCUGAAGCUGUUCCCCAAGUUUGCCGGCAUUGCCCAGAGUGACCUGGCUGGUAAUGCAGCUAUUUCUGCCCACGGUGCCACAGUGCUGAAGAAACUGGGUGAGCUGUUGAGGGCCAAAGGCAACCACGCUGCCAUCCUCAAACCUCUAGCCAACAGCCACGCCACCAAGCACAAGAUCCCCAUUAAUAACUUCAAGCUGAUUUCAGAGGUUGUUGUUAAGGUCAUGGUGGAGAAGGCAGGACUCGAUCCCGCUGGGCAGAAAGCUCUGAGGAAUGUGAUGGCUGUUGUUAUCGCUGACAUUGAUGCCGAUUACAAAGAACUGGGCUUCACCGGCUGAAGGUUAAAGUCUUGCCAGGGUCAGAUGACAAGAAAUAUUCUACAUGCAAGAUUUAA